AUGAUCUCAAUUUUCUUGAAUCAAGGAGUAUUCUCGAACUCUGUAUUCUCAUCGUAUCGUGUGUUGAUAUCAUUUAUACUUUUAUCUGGAGUCGUACUGAGUAAUACCUAUGCGAGUGGAUUAGCAAGUGUUCUAACUAUUCCGAGAUAUGGUAAACCACUUGAAACUAUUCACGAUUUUGUGGAAUCUCCUUACCGGUGGGGUGCAUCAUCUUUGGCCUGGAUUCUUUCUUUGGAAUCUGCUGACACCCACGAUAUCCGAGAGUUGGUAGCUAGAUUCGAUAUGAUUCCAGGCGAGGAAGAACUCUUCCGUCGUUCCCUGGGUGGAGACUACGGGUUAGCCAUAGAAUUUUUGAACAGCGGCUACUAUGCGUAUUUGUCAUUUGUUCGACAGGAAAAUGUUCAGUUAUUUGAUAUUCUUAAACAAGAACUAUAUUUUAUGUACACAAUCGCAUAUUCACAACGGGGUUGGCCAUUGAUGGAGUACUUUAACAAGUUCAAUCUGGAAACAAUUCAGCACGGGUUCAUCUUACACUGGGAAAAGCAAAUGAUUCGUAAGUAUAUGAGUAGUCGUAUAGAGCAAAUCUUGUCCUUGAUUGCUGAAGGUCACAACAGUGUAAAAGAAUUGAAACCUCUGUCUGUAACACACAUUCUAGGACCGUCCUUCGUUUUGUUGAUCGGUUUGUCAGCAGCUAUAGUACUAUUUAUUUUAGAGCUGAUUUGGGUACAUUUUAAUUCAAGGCUAAUACUGAAACCUUCGUCUGUGGAGCGGCAAACGGUGUACGUCAAAUUACGAGCAAAGUUAUCGUCGGCGACGGCAGCGGUGGAGAGGGAUUCGAAGCGUAACGCCACAAGCACUAAGAGCUACAAAUCGGUGUAG